CUCUUCAUCCUACUACUCAUGUGAAGCUCCAUGAGCUCAGCGUCAGCUCCCUUCUCCUCGACGGAAUCAACCCUUCAUCAAUCACUCAUCUCAUCUCCUCCUCCAUCACAGAUAUUAUAAUAUAUAUACUUGGCAGCGGGCUCCUCCUCUUCACUUCUCUUUUUCGUAUCGUAUGGUAUCACGCGGCAUAUUCUCUCCCUCUCUCUCAGUGUCUCUCUCUCGUUUGGACUCCUCUGCGUCCACCGAAAUAUCUCGCCUCCGCUUUUUAGAUUCUUCCUCCUUCCAUGGACAUGGCCUCUGACUGAUCUUCCUAUAUAAGGACCGACCUCCAGAUUUUUCUUCUUUUUCAUAUAUAAUAAUCACUCUCUCCACUCCUCUCUCUCUCUCUCUCUCUCUCUCUCUCUCUCUCUAUCCUCCUCUGCGCCUGACAGCAACUCCAGUGCUUAGCGAAGGCGGGAGCUCGUUUGGUACGAGCUAUUAGUGGGGACUCAUUAGCAUGGCUACUACCUCGAAAGUUAAUGGAACCGCGGGAUCAGGGAUACCUGAGAAUGUUCCUCCAGUAUCCUGCCCACUUGCUGAUGAGCCAACUGAAAUAGCAUCGAAUAUUAGCUUCCAUGCAAAGUACAGCCCUCAUUUUUCGCCUUUCAAGUUUGAGCCUGAGCAAGCGUACUUCUCGACCGCAGAAAGCGUUCGUGAUCGCCUCAUACAGCAAUGGAACGAGACCUACCUCCAUUAUCACAAAACCGAUCCCAAGCAAACUUAUUACCUGUCAAUGGAAUAUCUACAAGGACGAGCCUUGACUAAUGCAAUUGGGAAUCUUGAGAUUCAAGGAGCAUAUGCUGAUGCUUUGAAUAAGUUGGGACAUGAUCUGGAGGAAAUAGUAGAGCAGGAGAAAGAUGCUGCUUUAGGUAAUGGGGGCUUGGGGAGGCUCGCUUCAUGUUUUCUGGAUUCUAUGGCAACCUUAAAUUUGCCUGCAUGGGGAUAUGGCUUGAGGUACAGAUAUGGCUUGUUUAAGCAGCGUAUCACCAAGGAUGGUCAAGAAGAACUUGCUGAGGACUGGCUUGAGAAAUUUAGCCCUUGGGAAAUUGUCAGGCAUGAUGUGACAUUCCCCAUCAGAUUUUUUGGUCAUGUGGAGGUUCAUCCUAGUGGAUCUCGAAAAUGGGUUGGGGGAGAGCUUGUGCAAGCUCUGGCAUAUGAUGUGCCAAUUCCAGGAUACAAGACAAAGAACACUAAUAGCCUUCGACUCUGGGAGGCAAAAGCUUGUGCUGAGGAUUUCAAUUUGUUUCAGUUUAAUGAUGGGCAGUAUGAGUCAGCUGGACAGCUACACUCUCGGGCUCAACAGAUAUGUGCUGUACUGUAUCCUGGAGAUGCUACAGAAAGUGGAAAGCUUUUAAGGCUGAAGCAGCAGUUUUUCCUCUGCAGUGCGUCACUUCAGGCCCGUUUUCAGGAUAUUAUUUUCAGAUUUAAGGAGCGAAAAGAUGGCAAAGGCUCGUGGCAGUGGUCCGACUUUCCUUCUAAAGUUGCUGUACAACUGAAUGAUACUCAUCCAACUCUUGCUAUUCCUGAGCUAAUGCGUUUGUUAAUGGAUGAAGAAGGACUUGGAUGGGAUGAAGCUUGGGAUGUGACCACAAGGACAGUUGCAUAUACCAAUCACACAGUUUUACCUGAAGCAUUGGAGAAAUGGUCACAAGCUGUAAUGUGGAAACUUCUUCCUCGUCACAUGGAGAUCAUUGAAGAAAUUGAUAAACGGUUUAUGGCAGUGGUCCACACCAGUCGAACUGAUCUUGAGAGUAAGCUUCCCAGCAUGCGAAUAUUGGAUAACAAUCCACAAAAGCCAGUUGUCAGGAUGGCAAAUUUAUGUGUUGUUUCUUCGCAUACGGUUAAUGGUGUUGCCCAAUUACACAGUGAUAUCUUGAAGUCUGAAUUAUUCGCAGACUAUGUCUCCAUCUGGCCAAAGAAGUUCCAGAAUAAGACCAAUGGCAUCACUCCCCGACGAUGGCUACGUUUUUGCAGUCCUGAACUCAGUAGCAUUAUCACCAAAUGGUUAAAAACUGAUCAGUGGGUUACCAAUCUUGAUCUCCUUGCUGGUCUUUGUAAAUUCGCUGAUAAUGAAGACCUCCAAAAUGAAUGGGCAUCUGCCAAAAUGGCUAAUAAACAACGAUUGGCACAGUAUAUAUUCCGAGUAACUGGGGAGUCUAUUGACCCAAACAGCCUCUUUGACAUCCAAGUGAAGCGCAUUCACGAAUACAAGCGACAGCUGCUGAAUAUUCUGGGUGUGAUCUAUAGGUACAAGAAAUUAAAGGGGAUGAGCCCUGAAGAGAGGAGAAAGACAACUCCACGUACAGUCAUGAUUGGGGGAAAAGCUUUUGCAACAUACACAAAUGCCAAAAGAAUAGUCAAGCUGGUAAAUGAUGUUGGUGAUGUUGUCAACACUGAUCCUGAGGUCAAUGACUAUCUGAAGGUAGUAUUUGUUCCAAAUUACAAUGUCUCUGCAGCGGAAAUGCUGAUUCCUGGAAGUGAGCUAUCACAGCAUAUCAGCACUGCAGGAAUGGAGGCAAGUGGCACAAGCAAUAUGAAAUUUGCACUCAAUGGAUGCCUCAUAAUAGGAACAUUAGACGGGGCAAAUGUGGAAAUCAGGGAAGAGAUUGGAGAGGACAAUUUCUUCCUCUUCGGUGCAACAGCAGAUGAGGUCCCUCAGCUCCGGAAGGAUAGGGAAAAUGGACUCUUCAAGCCUGAUCCUCGAUUUGAAGAGGCCAAGCAGUAUGUAAGAAGUGGAGCAUUUGGAAGCUAUGACUACAACCCUCUCCUAGACUCUCUAGAGGGAAACUCCGGUUAUGGUCGUGGUGAUUAUUUUCUCGUUGGGCAUGACUUCCCGAGCUACAUGGAUGCUCAGGCAAGAGUGGAUGAAGCUUACAAAGACCGGAAAAGGUGGCUGAAGAUGUCGAUAAUGAGCACUGCUGGAAGUGGCAAGUUUAGCAGUGACCGGACAAUUGCUCAAUAUGCUAAGGAGAUAUGGAACAUAGAGGAAUGCCGCGUGCCGUAAAAGCGGCGACUCCUGGAAAAGGAUUCUGUUAGAUUAUUUCGACUUCGUCACACUAGAAUCUGGGAUAAUAUUCUCUUGAAAAGCAUAACUAUACUUGUUCGUUUGUAAGGCUUGUACUUGGCAUUUAAAUUUUUCCCGCUAAAAGUUGUGAUGUACUUGGCAUUUAAAUAUUUCCUGCUAAAAGUUGUUAGUACUUUUAUUUGAUGAUGGUAUUGAAUAAGCAUUCCUUCAGUUGCAAUGACGA